AUGGAAGAAACUGGGAAGCAACGUGGAAAAGAAGUGAACGAAGGCACUUCAAACACUUAUAAAGAACGUCCCAUUUCUCCACUUGAUCUAGUUCCCCCUAUUACUAGAUCGGAUACAAAGGAUUCAAUUGACAGAGAUGCUGUGCUUGCAAGGGUUGAAUCAGAGAAAAGAGUAGCUUUAAUCAAAGCCUGGGAAGAAAGUGAAAAAACAAAAGCAGAAAACAGAGCAUAUAAAAGGCACAAUGCUGUUGUGUUGUGGGAGAAUAGUAAGAAAGCAUCAGCGGAGGCACAUCUGAAGAGAAUUGAGGAAAAAUUGGACAGAAACAAGGCGAAGUGUGUGGAGAAGAUGCAAAAUAAAGUUGCAGAAAUUCACCGAACAGCAGAGGAGAAAAGGGCAAUGAUAGAAGCGUACAAGGGAGAAGAAUUUCUGGAAAUAGAGGAGAAAGCUGCAAAGUUUCGAACUCGUGGAUAUUCUCCCAGGAAAUUUCUUCCAUGCUUUGGCAGUUAAAGUUCAACAUCUUCUCCUUUUCUUGUUAAAGGUUCAAAAUUCGCUCUUUGUUUGUUCUUCCUUUGUAAUAAGAGCAGCAAUUCGCUUGUUACACAAACAAGGGAUCAUGUUAUCUGGU